AUGGCGCAGGUGUGGACGCUUGUGGUGGGUGGAUUGGUGGCGGCUGGCGGUGCCAUGGGCUAUGCCAAGGCACGUUCGGUGCCCAGCCUGGUCGCGGGCGUCACGUGUGGUGCCCUUUAUGGCCUUUCCACGCUGUGGAUGGAGCCCUACCAGAUUGGCGGCAACCUUGCGGCAGUGGUGAUCAGCAUCAUCCUCGCUGUGGCGAUGGGUCGCCGUUUCCUCGCUUCCGGCAAGGUCAUGCCAGGCGUAGUGGCCGGGCUGAGCGUUCUGACGGGGCUCAUCAACGCGUACACUCUGUACGGCAAGUACUAG